CAAAACAUCCUUUAAAUCGACAAAAGCCAUCCCGAGAAGAAAUUAAGGAAACAAACAAGAAAAAAAAUGGAGGAGUUUGUGAGAGGAAUGAUGCUAACCCUAACCCUAACCCUAACCCUAGGCACAGCGACCAUGGUGGCGGAUGCGUCGGCAAUGUACAACUUGAAAUUCGACGCACCCCUUCUGACGGAGAAAAUAGCGACGAACAGAUCGAUAAUAGUGGACAUCCAAGGCGACGGAGAUUACACUUCCAUUCAACAGGCCAUUGACGCCGUUCCUCACGGAAACCCCGGCUGGAUCAUCGUUCACGUCCGCAAAGGCAUCUACAGAGAAAGGGUGCACAUACCGGAGAGUAAGCCGUUCAUAUUCAUGAGAGGCAACGGAAAAGGCAAAACAAUCAUUCAGUCAUCGCAGAGUUCGGACGACAAUGUCGAAUCCGCCACCUUCAAAGUCGAAGGCAAUCACUUCGUCGCCUUCGGUAUCAGCAUUAGGAAUGAUGCGCCGAUAGGGAUGGCGUUCACGUCGCAGAACCAGUCAGUGGCUGCGUUUGUGGCCGCUGACAAGGUAGCGUUCUACCAUUGCGCGUUUUACAGUUUGCACAACACGCUGUUUGACAACAAAGGAAGGCACUACUACUACAGUUGCUACAUCCAAGGCUCCAUCGACUUCAUCUUCGGCCGCGCCACCUCCGUUUUCCACGGCUGCGAGAUAUUUGUGAUAUCGGACAAGAGAGUGGAGCCGCACGGGUCGAUAACGGCACAGAACAGGGAGACGGAGGAGGAGAAGACAGGGUUUGUGUUUGUGAAAGGGAAAGUGUACGGAAUAGAUUCGGUGUACUUAGGGAGAGCCAAAGGACCGUUCUCAAGGGUUGUGUUCGCCAAGACAUACUUGUCAAAGACCGUGGUCCCUCGCGGCUGGACCAACUGGAGCUACAACGGCUCUACCCAGAACAUGUACCAUGGGGAGUACAAGUGCCAUGGACCAGGCGCGGAUAGCAAAGAGAGAGCUUCAUGGGCCAAGCAGCUCUCAAAGUCGGAAGCUCAGCCUUUCUUGUCCAUUGAUUUCAUUGAUGGCUCCUCCUGGCUCCCUGUCUGGCUUCCCCAAAACUUCGAUUAACCAAUUAGUUUCCCUAACGCCACACUCUAUCAAAAUAGUUAAUAUAUACAUACAUAUAUAUAUAUAUAUAAUAUUUUUUUUCAUGUUUUAAUUUAAAACCUUAGGAUGAUGAUGAUGAUGAGUACCUUGUGGUUUUGACACGAGAGAUGCCGAACGUUGUAACUUCUUCUGAUACGUAAGAGUGGUGGGAAAUUUCUGA